CACCAGCACUUCUUGUACGGUUGGAAAACUGAAAAUGCUAGCAACCAGAUUGCCGAGAAUACAUGAGUACAGACCGGGGGAGCAUGUUAGACUGUAUCGAACGAAACAGACCAACAAAAACGCAGAUGAAAUGUUUAAUGCAAAUGUAUUGAAAGAUUCCGAAGGCGUUCAGCCAACAAUGUUCUUACGAAACAUUGAACCAGAAGAGCCGCAUUCAAGGGAAUCUCCAGCGGCUGAUCCGGAUGUUCCACCAAUGAGCACGGUGAACCUGAUAUCCGGUAAGGGCAAAAGGUAUCAGGUCACUUUUCGCGCAAAGGAGCCAGAAUUCUACUUCCUCCAUGUACGAAGAAGGAAGUCUCCGGACAGCACCAUGAACAAAGCCAUUCAAGCGUGCUCAACAGACUACUUUGUGGAGGUACGCGACGAAAGUUGUCAAAAAUAUGUGACGCGAAUGAAACGCUACCGCAUCGCACCUUGUCAACAAAUCGGUGACAUAGAAAGUGGGGACCUGAAUCAGGAGAAGAAUGACAAAGGGCUGUUGAAAAAAAGGAAGAAUGAAAAAGCUGCUCAAAAUCACAUAUAUAUAACAAAGGAUGGUAUGACAUUUUAUCUGACGGACUUCAAUGUCAAACUGGACUACACUCAACCGCUGCUUUCAGGGCCCUCACCAUCUGUAGACAGUCAGACAGACAGUAAACGGGGUACGUAUAUCCCCGAUCCAAAUCGAGCUGUACUUAUGGUCCGAUUUCGACAAGACUUGAUGCGAAUUCGUUUUGCACUUGACGAAUUGGAAAUCAAGCCAAUCUGCAGUAGUGUAUCUCGAGGAGCGCAGUGUACCGAACGUUACGCCUAUGUAAAGUUCGUUCCAGUCGGAGAAGAUAAGGUGACAUUUUGCGCAGUGCCUCUAAGCACGUACCGAUACCGUGACCCAAUGAUAGCGAUUCGGCGACAAAACGAUUUACAGCGAAAAAAUGGCCAAGAACCCAAGUGGCUGGUUGAGCAACGUCAGAAGCGCCGACAACUGAACGCCACUCCGAAAGACCAACUCGUAGACCCACAGGAAGUACAUACUUCCGUAAUCGUUUUCGAACUGAAUGGACACCGAGUCAAACUCCGAUGCGGUCACCUUGAAGCCAUGGUUGUAACUGGUCAGGAGUUGUAUGACGACUUUGUGUUGGCAAAUAAGACCGAAUCCCGAGUGUUCGUCAAAUCACCCACACCGACAAACGAGAAUUCUUUUCAGGAAAACGAACCCUGACAAAGAGGCAUCUGGGAAAAAACCACUCGUCAUUUGCCAAGGACUCUGGCGACUGCUAACCUGUGUUAGCUCGUGCAUUUUUCGC